AUGAACCGCAGUCGAUCCCGCGAGUCCGAUGAGGAGAACGUGCCCAGCGGCUCGGAUUCGAGGCGACAGAGCCAAGAUGUACGGGUGGAACCGGAAUCGAUUCCGGAGUCGGACACCGUUUCCGGAGAGACCUCGGAAACAGCCAGGAUCGAGUCAGAGGCGGUUGAGGGUUCCGAGCAUGGGUCCAUUGAUAGGGAGGAGUUCGGCAGCGAGACGUUGAGCUUAACCAGCGAGGCCGACGCGAAAAAGGAAGAGGAAGACGCCAUCGCCCGCAACCGCGACUUUAUCAUCCAGCAGAUGCCGUGCAAUCGGAUCUGGUACCCGCCGCCGUGGCUGCGGGCCGAGCGCCUGUUCCGCAAUCCGAUGGAAUUCCGCGUGGGCUGCCCGAAGAAGAUGACGCUGCUCGAGUCGCACAACAACUUCUCGUACUACUCGCCCACCGACAGCCAGGCGAACAAGUCGAAGCCGACGGCCAGCAUCCAGAAGAACAACCAGAACACGACCGCGUUCAGACACUCGAAUUCGAAGUUCCGGAUGGGCGGCGGUAUCGGUGGGGGGAUGGGCGGAGGAAUUGGCGGUGGAAUUGGAGGCGGGAUGGGAGGGAGAAUGUGUGGAGAUGGAGACUCUUUCCAUGAACCACCACCUGGACAUGUCCGCCCGGCCAACCAGAAUCGCACGUUCUACUAC